CUGAUCAAAUCCUGAGUUUCCACGGCAACAGAGGAGGAGUUUGCACUUCGACCCGUGACCACAUCGGCGGAAAUGAGGAACUAGGAAGUCGAGUGCACGGCUGAUGUGGAAUUCCACACAUUUGUUUAAGAUGCAUUAGUGUCGUCUACUGCAAUUUAUUCAUUUUCAUCCACCACAGAUGCAGAGAAUUGAUACCGAUUGGCAUAAGCGGUCAUCCCACAUGCCGUGGCGUCGCUAGCUGUGUUCGAGAAAGAUGCUUCAGAGGUGACCUGAGUUGGAGCGGGGUGAAUGUGUGGACUGUUUGCGGAGUGUAACAACAUCAUUACCUGCUCUGUUAAUAGACGCAGUUUUUGAAAUGACAGAUAUGCUCUUCCCAUGCUUUUAAACAUAACUUUAAAUUUUGAUCUACUCUUGGUCGCUCAUUUCCUGUGAUUAGAAGCUAAACAAAAUGCCAAGGCCAAAUUGAAGUAAUAAACGUAUAAUUUCACACACCAAAAUCCAUAUUUUUACACUUGGAAGUCAUCAUGUCAUUGGGCGAACAGUCACAGAAGUGGUUUCCAACUCACGUCCAAGCCACUGUUCUUCAAGCCACAGACCUGCAACCAAAGGGCAAGAAUGGCACCAACGAUGCCUACACCAUUAUUCAGCUGGGCAAAGAGAAGUACUCCACAUCGGUGGCCGAGAAGACCCUCAGCCCAGUGUGGAAAGAAGAGGCUUCAUUUGAACUGCCAGGGCUGCUGAUGGAGAGCAAUCCAGAGGUUUAUGAGCUGUGCCUCACAGUCAUGCACAGGUCCCUGGUUGGAUUGGAUAAAUUUCUGGGCCAGAAAAUCAUCAACUUAAAUGAAAUAUUUGACAACAAGGAACGGCGAAAAACUGAUUGGUACUCGCUAGACUCCCGGCCAGGUAAGAAGAGGAAAGACAGAGGCAAGAUUCAAGUUAGCAUCCAGUUCAUGCGGAACAACAUGACCGCCAGCAUGUUCGAUUUGUCUAUGCGAGACAAACCCAGAUCGCCAUUCUCCAAGCUCAAGGAAAAGAUGAAGGGUCGCAAGCACGAUGGUGCCUUUUCAGACACAUCUUCCGCCAUCCUUCCACACUCAGGACAGAGCGAGAUUGAUUCUCUGCCAGACCAGCACCCGCACCCUCAGGCUGCACCUGAACCCAAGCCAAAACGCUCGCUGCUCACUGGGACGCAGAAACUUUCUGCUGCUCACUCCAUGUCUGAUCUGAUAGGAACUCACUUCAGGCCCAAACUCGACUCCAUGAACUCUAUUGAGGAGAAAGGGGUCGCUGCAUCUCACAGACACUCUCAGAGCGAUGGAUAUGGUUGCCCAACCAGCGACGUUCCAUGUGACCCCUUUUCCGACAUCGGAGACAACAUGCCCCAGAAAUUCGCCACUCUCCCACGCAACCGCAAUCCCUUCGAGGGAGAUCAGGGGAUGCUGUGGGGGACAGAGAAGAGAGAGAAGAAGGAGAAGGUUGGUCUUCUGGGCAGAGUGACUGGGAAGAAAGAAGGAAAGAAAACGGCCGCUGGAAUGCGAAUAGGAAGCUCUGGAGACCUGCGAUCUCCAAACCCCUUUAGCAGUGAAACCAACCCUUUCCUAUCACACUACAGAUCCAGUGACAACAUGAGAAGUCCCACUAGCAAUGAGGACCUUACACAGAGAUUCAAAACCUCUCCCAAAAAGAAGCACGGCAUGAAAAGUGCACAUGAGUCUGAACAUCUGCAGAAGAAUAUGGCGGCCUACAGCAAUCUCUCCUUUGAGGAAGUUGUGCAAGAACUCAUCAAGCAGAAAGAGGUGGUGAGAAAGAAAGAUGCUCAUAUUCGGCAGCUGGAGGACUACAUUGAUAACCUGCUGGUCAGGGUAAUGGAAGAGACACCCAGCAUCCUGAGAACACCCUAUGAGCCCAAUAGAAAAGCUGGGAAGAUCUCGAAGAAGUAAAGGAUCUCAAAAGCAUACUGUAACUUUACGUUUUCUGGCAAAAUAUAUAUUGCUUGUAAAAGGACGCUGGAAUGUUGGUUCUGACAGAACAAAAGUAUAUUUGUUCACACGCGAACAGAUUUCAUGCCAUAAAGUUUGCAAGAACAACCGGAUAUAUUGUGAAGAAAGAUGGGCAGUAAAUGUGGUGAUGCCAAACCCCCCUUUUAGAUUUUUGCUUUGCUUUAAUUUUUUUUAAAGAAUCUUUUGAGCUGUUGACUAAUACUUGUGAGUGAAAAUAUUCUCAAGCAGCCAUUCAUAGUUUAGAGCGGCGUUCUUGCGCGAAGAGACCAAUGUUAUGUUUUACCGAAAAUAACUGUGUUUAAGUUGACUUUUUCUUUGGAUUCAGUCAGUAUAACAGAAUUGAGCACUUAAUACUUAAUACUGUGUUUUGCGAUGCUCACUGGGGUGGAUUGUCCAUAUGAGGCCUUUAAUUUGCUGUGACUGAAUUCAAAAGCUGUACCAGAUCAAUUGACGUACAUGUUUGUCCACAAAUAUGUGGUGAAGCAAGGAAAAACUUGGAUUGAUGGCACCACGGGACAUAGAAGUGAAAGUUGACUGGAUGUUUUAGCACUGGAACAUAUUGGUUUACUGGAAGGCACUGUUGGGUUUGACAGGGUAACUCUCCUAUUGGUCUUGAGGGUGUUUACACUGUAGAUGAAGAGUGAUCAGACUCGUGAAUGAUAUUGGCAUGUGUUUGGUGCCAUGUUGAUACGUUAGUUACAAGACGUCGGUACUGGAACCUUUUGGUACUUUUUUCAAAUCAUACAUCUAUAAAAUGAUACACUGGUACAGAAUUACACUAUUAAUAUUUAUUUUGAGCUUGAUUGCAAUGAGCAAAAUGUGUUUGUGAAUAACAGUGUUUAAUGAACAACCUGCCUCUGUUAUAUACAGUGAUGACAGAAGUGUAGAAAAGAGCAUCCAAAAGUCUCCAAAGACUUCAUUCUGAAUGUCAUUCAGUUGAACUGGAAUGUACUGAUGCUGAAUAUCUUCAGCAUGCCGCAGAACUGUCAAAAUGUGUGGACUGCCUACAGUUAACUACACCAAAGUGUUGACGGUUUUGAUUAAACGUAAGCUAGUCGGUUAGUCAGUCAAGCACAGAAGUAGUAAAUGGCCCCUUUUUUAAUUUCUAAUUUCACCAGAGCAAAUCUAGCCUAUGCGUAUUUAAAACCACAGCAAAUAAUGGAUUAAUUUGGCACGUCUGGAUGCCUUAUGAAACAUUUCAGUCGGUUUGAUUCAUUACAAUGUAUAGCAUGCUUUGUGCAACAAAAUGUAGACAAACUAGCUGAAGAACAAUUGUUUACAGAUUGCUUUAUA